AAAGAUGGAGAAGGACCGGAGAAGUGAGGAGGAGGUGGAGGGAGAGAGGGGAGCUGGAAGGGGGAAGAGCAGGAUGGAAGAGGCUGAAGGGAUGAGGAGGAGAAAAACUGGAGGGACCAGGAGAAGGAAGGAGCCUGGAGUGCUGAGGAGGAGGGAGAGAGAGAGGGAGGGAGGAAGGCUGGGGCCAGGUGAGACCGAGCUGCUGUCCCGGCUCCGGGGCUGCUCUGGUCGGAUCCUCCCGAGAUGGCGGAGGCCGGGGCUGCCCCUCAAGGCGGUGAGCGCGUGGAGGGGGUGACAGCCCAGGACGUGCUUCUGGUCCACUCGUGCCGGCAGUGGACCACGGUGACAGCCCACAGCCUGGAGGAGGGGCACUACGUCAUCGGGCCCAAAAUCGACAUCCCGCUGCAGUACCCAGGGAAGUUCAAGCUGCUGGACCAGGACCGGGACCUCCGCGAGCCCGUGCAGUAUUUCAACAGCGUGGAGGAGGUGGCCAGCAUCUUCCCGGACCGCAUCUUCGUCAUGGAGGCCAUCACCUUCAGCGUGAAGGUGGUGUCGGGGGAGUUCAGCGAGGACAGCGAGGUUUACAACUUCACGCUGAACGCGGGGGACGAGCUGACGCUGAUGGGCCAAGCCGAGAUCCUGUGCGCCAAGACGGUGAAGGAGAAGUCGCGCUUCAACAGCCUCCUGCGCAAGCUGGGCAAGGCGGCGCCGGCGGCGGGGGCGCGGCAGGUGAAGGGCAAGAUGCCGUGCCUGAUCUGCGUGAACCACCGCACCAACGAGAGCCUGAGCCUGCCCUUCCAGUGCAAGGGCCGCUUCAGCACCCGCAGCCCGCUGGAGCUGCGCCUGCAGGAGGGCGAGCACACCAUCCGCAGCAUCAUCGAGAAGGUGCGGCUGCCCGUCAACGUGGCCGUGCCCAGCCGGCCCGCCCGCAACCCCUACGACCUGCACGCCAUCCGCGAGGGCCACUGCUACAAGCUGGUCAGCAUCAUCUCCAAGACCGUGGUGCUGUGCUGCAUCCUGCGCCGGGAGGAGCUGGUGCCUUUCCACUUCCUGCUGCUCACCGACAUGCCCCGCUUCCAGCUGCCCGAGGGGCUGCUGGCCGGCGACCCGCAGCUGGAGAAGCUGCUGCGGGACAGCGCCGCGUAUUGCCGCGACCGCUUCAACCCCGACGAGUACUCGCGGGCCGUGCGUGAGGCCAAGCCGGACUUUCUGGAGGAAUGUGCGAGCCCGCGGCGCUUGCGGCUCUGCCUGCCCGCCUGCGGCCGCGAGGAGCUCAGCCGGCCCCUGCAGCGCCUCUCGCUCUGUGCCUGCGGCUCCGGGGGUCCCCGGGAGCCCCCCGCCCGCUGCCAGGGAGCGCGGCGCACCCCGCGCCCGCCGCUGCCCGACUUCCCCGAGCCCGACCGGGAGUACGUGACGCCCGACUGGGCCGAGCCCGAGUUCAGGACUCAGGAGCAGCCGGAGAUUCCCUACGAGGAGCUGUGGAGCAAUCCCGGCCCGGAGGGAUGCUGCGAGCCCGGCAGCGCCGGCGGCCGGCCCGACCUCGUGUCCUUCGGGGCCGUCGCCCCGCUGGGGUCCCCGCACCGCCCCGGGGACGAGCCCCGCGGGGACACCCCGCCCCCGGUGCCGCCCAAAUCGGAGGCGGUGAAGGAGGAGUGCCGGCUGCUGAACGCGCCCCCGGUGCCGCCCCGGGGCAGCCGCCCCCCUGCAGCCCCCUGCAGCCCCCCGGCCGCCCUGCGCUGCCCGAAGCUGGCACCGGCGCCCUCGCCCAGCCCCAGCCUCUCCUACUACUCCUCGGGGCUCCAUGACGGCUCGGCCCCGCGGAGCGGCAGCCCCUCGCCCUCGCCCGACGCGUACUCGCUCUACUGCUACCCCUGCACCUGGGCCGACUGCAAGGCUGCCGAGUCCCCCGGGCGGCCGCUGCCCCCCGCCCAGCCCGCGCCCGGCUCCUGGUCCGACCCCUGGGCGUUCCCCGAGCCGGGCUCCGGGCCGGGCAGCGGCUGCUCCACGCCGCUGCUGGGGUCCGAGCCCCCCCUGAAACCUUUCCGCAGCUGCCCUCGCCUCAAACCCCCGCACCCCCAAAAGCGCUUCGCCCCCUUCGGAGCGCUCAACCCCUUCGCCGGCUCGGCCGAGUGGCCGGAGAGUCCCGAGUGGUCCAAAGCGCCUUCGGCCCCGGCCGCUCCCUCCUCCUCCUCCUCGCCGGAGCCUUUCGCCCCCGCCGAGGAGCCGCCGGCCCCCUCUCGGCCCCCCAAGGGCUUGGACGGGGACGGCAUCGUCAUCCGGGGGGCAGCCCCGCUGAGAGGGGCCGAGGGCGUCACCCGCCUGUACCUGGCGCAGGGGGUCAUCGAGGUGCCACCGGCGGCCCGGGGCGACGGCGCUGCCCCCCCGGCCGCCCCCCGGCCCAGCGGGGACGGCCCGGCCUGGCUGCCCCCCGCCGACCUCUCGGCGCUGUCGCUGGAGGAGGUGUCCAAGUGCCUGCGCUUCAUCGGCCUCUCGGAGGACGUGGUGAGCUUCUUCGCCCGAGAGCGCAUCGACGGCAGCAUCUUCGUGCAGCUCAGCGAGGAGAUCCUGGCCGACGAUUUCCGCCUCACCAAGCUCCAGGUGAAGAAGAUCAUGCAGUUCAUCAAGGGCUGGCGUCCCAAAAUCUAGUGCCACGCCCCGGGGAGGGGUCCCCCAAAGUCACCUGGGGCGCGGCUCUGGGUGGCCCCGCUCCCGUCCCUCUCAUGCUGCAGGUUCUCCCCCCUCACUGCCCAGCCCUCCUCUCCUUCCCGUUUUAACACUGGACAGUAAUUUUGGCCCCAAAGGGCUGGAAAACACUGGAUUUUGCGUCGGCUGGUUUAACUUAAUCCUUGUGGAUUAGCGUAAUAAAUGUACGGGAGAGUAA